AUGAAAGCCAUUAAAACCACCGACAUAUUAGCACCACGUCCCGUGCAUCCUCGGGCCAUACGCAAUCAUGGUCUUUUCGAGGCGACUUUUUUACGGCAACACAUGGUCAUUGAUGAACGAUGGUCGAUGGGGGCAUUAAUUGAUGAAUUUCAAGGCAUGGCGGAUUUGCUAAGCAAACGCAUGAUUUUCAAACGGCUGGAGAAUCGAGCAUCACGCAAAGGCCUUCUCAAGUCGGCACGUCGUUUGCGCAUUCAAUGCCGAGAUGGUCGAACUAAAUUACAAAAUGUCCUAUUCGGUGAUAAUGUCCUGCGUGUUCGCAAUUUCCUUAUCAAUCACAAGGAUAUGCAACGUCUCUAUGAAAAAAUGCCAGUUCAUCUGGUCGUCGACAAUAUCAAUCAACGGACAUUUGUGAUGCGCAAGGAACGUGAUCGAUUAAUGCAUCGUCUACGGCAAUUAAAGCAGGACUAUGAAUUGAAAAUCAUUCAGAAGGGUGAAAUUGAAAAUCGUAUUAAAUAUCAAAAUGAGUUCGUUCUCGAUGAAGAGCUGCAGAUGCGUGAAUUUAUGAAAAAUAUUGAAAAUUCCAAUACCCGGUUGAGGGCGAUAAAGGCCGUCAAUGCCACGUAUAAGAAAAUCAUUGAGGUGCUAAGACAUGAUAGUAUAUUCUAUGAGCCGAUUUUGAGAUCAUUGUGUGAGGACAUCAAUGAUCAGGCGAAUUUUAUUAAACAUAUUUUGUAUUUGGGUACACCAGCCAUAGCCAAGUUUAAGCAAUUGGGUACGGAGUAUAGGCAAAUGGAGGACAAGUCCCGCAAAUCCGCCCAAAUAAAAUUACAAAGCCUAACUGGUUUUAAUGAAUCUGAACCACGUCCUGGUGGAGCCAAGGGCCCCAAACCUCCCGAAUUGGUGGUAAACAUGGCGAAGCAUUAUACACGCGAAACAAAAUCAAUGCUGAGUCUGCAACAUGAGUUGGAAACAAUCGAAGCGGUUAUAAAACAAAUUAAAGAGGCCACAUUGUGUUCCAAGGCCACGGAAAUUUUUCCAAGAAUCAAAACCCAAGUUGAAAUCAAUUUCAAGUUAAUCAAACAAAAUGAAUUGGGCCACUUGCAAAAUGAUUUUUUGGCCUUCAAGGAGAAGGUGGCAGCGGAACAGCAAAGUAUUUUGCUGAACAAUUAUUUCGAGGAGGAAGAGAGACGUCUCCAGAACAUUAAGGACCUGGAGGAGAAAAUCAAGCUUGAGGAUGCCAAAGAGGUGCAGACUUUGAUGCACAUGAAAAAUCGAGCAGCGGUUUUUGUUAUACUAAGAUAUGCCCUCUGGAAUAUAUCGGAUAUUAUGCGUCAUGUGGGACGUCCACCCCGUGUCCACAAAAUACAAUAUCCCACGCCGUAUUUGAAGUUGCCCUUACUGAAAUAUGAAAUGUUGACAAUGUAUGCUGUGCCACCCGAACUCUUCGAAGAAGAUGCAAAAAUAAUUUUACAAAAUGCUGAGCGCAAACUUAAAACCCUUAUGGUGGCCUAUGAAAAAUUAUUACCCAGCCAGAAGUCGCGUAAAUCUAUACCCUUUGAUCCGAAUCAAUUGACGGAGGAAUAUCAUCAGAAAUAUUUGGCCAGCAUGGAAAUGGAAGAGUUGGCUGAGGUUUCAAAACCCUUGCCCGAUGAUGAAGAUGUCUUGGAAGAUGCUAAAAUUUCACAUAAUAUACCAAAUCGUAAGCAGUUGAAGGCACAGAGUGCACGGCUUGUUGAAGAGCUGUCGAAAAAGGAGGAAUAG